AUGUUUCAAUUAUCUCGUUAUGUAGAAAUUAAACUCGGCUAUAUUGACUCUGAAUUUAUGGUUUAUUUCGCAAAAGAAAGCUCAACUAGAAGGCCUGUGUAAUUAAAAAUUUCAAAUUUCCAUAAUACUCAUUACAAAUAGCGCUCUUUAGGUGUAGAAGUGAAAAUACUUCUUGGAUUAAAAGGAAUUAAAGGAAUACCAGAGAUUAUCGAUUAUGGAUAUACAUCAACAUCAAAGUAAACAUAUUUUAUAUUAAUAAAGGUUCUAUCUAGUGUCUGAAUAAACAGGGCAUAAUUUGUAAUAAUAUAUAGAUGCAAAAAAGUAACUAGGCUCAACCACCAUAAUUUAUAUUGGACAAUAACUUCUUGGAAUAUUAGAAAGAAUUCAUGCUCUUAAUGUUUAUCAUACUAACCUAAGUCCUUAAAAUAUUUCUAUCUUAAAAAAUCAAGUUUAUUUACAUGGAUUUUAUUUAAACCACUUGGAUGAUAGAGAAAAAGUAUUAUUUAAAGAUAAGAAGUUUAUGAGUAAAUCAUUAAAUAAUGGUUGUUCUAUAACAUUUAAAGAUGAUUUAGAGAGUUUAGGAUAUUUACUUAUGCAUUUAGUUGAUUGUAAGUAUUUUUAAAUAUUUAUCAGAUGAACUUAAUUACAAAUCAAAUGGAAAUUAUGAAUCGAAUUAAAGUAAGAUCUUUUUUAGAAAUUACUUUGAAUUACUUUCUAAAUUAUAAUCCAUUAAUCCUCCACCAUAUCUUCAUUUAAAAAAAAUAAUUUAUAGAAUUAUUACUUAAUGUCUGAGUGAUGAGAAUAAAAUUAAAAUUAUAUAAGUUUCAAAGUAGUUAGUCUAGAAAUAAAAUAGAAAUUAAACAAAUAAAUUAAGCAUAAUUAAAGAGGAUGAUUUAGAAAAUAUAGUGUCAAAAGAUUAUGUGAAAAUUAAUGCUGCUACUCUAUUUGAUGAUAAAAUGAAUUCUUCAAUAGAAUUGUAGAAUUAAACCUUAGAGAUCUCAGAAGAAUAAUGUUAACUUUCGGAAAUGAUUUAAAAUUUACACAACUAAAGUAUAAGAGCAAGAUCGAUUGCUUCACUUUGUCAAUAUAAAUAAUGA